CCCUUCACCACUACCACCACCAUCACCACCACCACCACCACGCGUGCCGGCGCUACCAGCCUUCGCGAACCAUCGGCCGGUAGCUCGACCACGCCUCAGCUGCCCACCGACCCGACUAUCCACGUAGGCCCUCUAGUCGCCCUCUAGCGGGCACUGACCCGACUCUGGAUAUCCGCCCUUUUAUCCCUCGACCAAGGGCGUAUAUAGCUUCACUCGCUGCCAAUUGACUGCGGCCAAGCAUUUGCUGCCGUCUUCUCUCGUCACUGCCAAGCCAUCACCAUCACCACCGCCAGCCCACCAUGGUCUACUCACUGCGCUAUCGCCGACCCGGCCGCGUCUCGGUCGGCGACCACGUCUCCGCCAUCUCUACCGACACCAAGCGGCAGAACAUCUGUGAGUCGGUCAAGUCUGGCCGCAGUGCCAUGUCCAACGGCAUUCCCGAGGCGCUGUCCUUUGACACCAUCGUUGCUGGUGGUGCUUGCCCGCCCUGCACGGUCCGUGAUUUCAUGAACUUCCUCAAGUACAUUGAGCUGUCUGCCGAGAACCUGCAGUUCUUCCUCUGGUACCGCGACUACGCCAAGCGCUUCGAGGCCCUGCCCGAAAGCGAAAAGGUCCUGUCGCCUGAAUGGACCGGAGAUCCACAGAUGCCCGAAAAGACCAGCCCACUGCCCUACAGUGCCGAUGCUGCCAGAGCCCUCAAGGGAACUGACUUCGCCAUCGAGGGCCGCGUGGUGGAAUCCGACAAAGGCAGCAACGACCCCUUCCACACCCCCCCUCGCACUCCCAGCAGCAUUGGCAACAGACCAGGCCAGUCGUUUGAUUCCAGCUAUGAAAGCAUGAAUGCAUCCCGGAUUGAUCACACCGAGCGUGCUGAUGGUGCGUUUGAAAACGCCGGCCUCAAAUGGAAACCACGCUCCAAGCGCUCAUGCCCCACAGUCUCCGUCCAGCCUUACCGAGAAGAGAUCAGCCGCAUCAUCUCCAUCUACAUUGCCAACAAUGGCCCGCGACAACUAAACCUCUCGUCCAGGGAGACGUCGUCACUGAUGCAUGCCCUCCAGCACACAACACAUCCGUCUGCCUUUGCCGAAGUCAUCACAUCGGUUGAAUGGACGCUUCGCUGUCAGGCACACCCCAACUUCAUCCGCUGGACCAUUUGCAACGGCAACCGUCCUCGUGUAGUCUUUGCCCGUGGCCUCGGUGUCGCCGGAAUCGUCGCCGGGCUCGUUGCUGCCAUUAUCCUUACCCUCAGCAGCGCCGGGCGUGCAUGGCGUGUGCUCUCGUUUAUCGGUUUCUUCAUUGGCAUCUCUACGCUGAUUGCCGCGUGGAAGGGCAUGUGUGUUGUACUCCAUGGCAUGCACCAUCGACAUGUUCGACCAUGGGAGCUUUUUACGUCCGACGACGAACCACACGACUUCGACACCAAGGCUGACUCGUUCGCGAGCAUGGAUUCUCAGGCAUCGAGAAACUCUUAUGAGGAUGAGCCGUGGGUUGCGCGAUACGAGAAGCGCAACCUCAUCCGCAAGGUCUUUGAUCGCGAGGUUUGGAUCCAGGAGCCUGCUCUGCGCCAGAUUCAAGACACCAUCUUCAUCCAAGCCAUUCUCGGUGCCCUGGUGCUGUCUGGCGUGGCCGUUGGCAUCUUUUGCGCCACUCCCAAGGGCAACCUGUUCUAA